AUGUUUUGGGAAGCAGUUCUUUUUCUUGUCCCCUUGUCCUUCAUUCUCUAUUUUUUUCUGGCGCGUCGCUGGUCACGGACGUCAAAGUUAGUUCCCCCAGGGCCACGACAAUUACCUCUCCUUGGCAACUUAUUGGACAUACGCACUUUCAAUCACAUGACCAUGGGAGAUCUGGCCAAGAAGUACGGUGAUAUAUACUUGAUGAACAUCAUGGGCCACAAGGUUUUUGUCGUCACCAAUAUUGAUUUGGCACGGGAGGCUUUGGUUCGGAAAGGUCAUAUUUUUGCUGGACGAUCAUUUUCUUACGUUAUUCACGCAUUGUUCAAAGAGAAGGAAGCCAUUUUAUUCGGGGACUAUGGGGCACGGUGGAGGCUGUUGCGCAAGGUCGUACAUUCAGCUCUGCGAAUGUUUGGAAAUGGCAUCGAAAACUUGGAACAAAAAGUUCAUCAUGAAGUUGAUGAAUUAUGUCAUCAACUCAGCAAAUCAGGUGGUGUUCCCACCGAUCCAGCGAGGCCCAUUACUUUGGCAGUCAUGAAUAUUAUUUGGUCGUGUCUUUUCGAGGCUCGCUUUCCCGAAGGAAGCCCGUAUGUGGAUGAAAUUCUUGAAAUGAUGGACGAGGCCGCUUAUCUAGCGGGCAGUACUGCCCAUCUAGAUUUAUUCCCUUUCAUGAAGUUUCUAGCUCUGGAUAUUCAUAAACGAAUAAAACAUUCGAUUGACCUUAGAGAAAAACUGAUUUCAUCAAAAUUCCGAGAAAGAAAGCAAACUUACAAGGAAGGGACCAUACGGGACAUCACCGAUGCAUUGUUGAAAGCACAUAACGACGCUGAACUGGAGGACAGCAAAAAUAAAGGAAUCUUGGAUGAAGAUUAUUUGAUAAACACCAUCGUGGAUCUUGCGACUGCUGGCACAGAUACAAGUGCUAGUUUUCUAAUUUGGUCGUUUCUUUAUAUGGCAGUGUUUCCAGAAGUCCAAGCAAAAGUACAUCAGGAGAUUGAAAACGUCAUCGGCCGAGAAACCAAGCCUCGUUAUGAAGAUAGGAGCAAUUUACCUUAUUUGGAAGCGACCAUCAAUGAGAUUUUGCGUCACAGCUCUAUCAUAAAUGCAACAGCUCCUCAUAAAGUAUUGAGCGAUACCACCAUUGGAAAGUACGAGAUUCCCCAAAAUUCUGCAGUCAUUUUCGAUCUAAGAGCCAUUCAUUACAACCAGAACCAUUGGCGAGAUCCUGAAACAUUUGAUCCUACGCGAUUUCUUGACGAGGAUGGAAGUUUUAUUUGCCCAUCCACUUUCAGCUUUCUUCCCUUUGGAGCUGGCCAGCGAGUCUGUGUAGGCCAAGUGAUGGCUAAAAUGGAAAUUUUUCUGUUUAUUUCCAACGUUCUGCAGAGGUUUUCGUUUAAGCUCUCACCUGGAUCUCCGCCUCCGGAUUUGGAAGCACCAGUGGAACCCGUUCCACGGGGAAUCUUGGUCCCACGCCCUUACAAGUUGUGCAUCACGAAAAGGGACUGA